CCGCGCAGUCGAUUGGCUACUGAUGAAGUGGGUAGCCGGCGGAAGUGCGCAACUCAUAUGACAGGAGGAGGGAACUACAUGUACUUUUCUAGAUUGUAAAGCAUUGCAUUUGGUCAGUGUAACUACUGCACUCGCCGGGAGGUUCACCUAGAAACAUCUGAACUGAACUGACAGCUAACACAAUGAAGAUCUGGACCUCCGAACACAUAUUUAACCACCCAUGGGAGACGGUGACCAAAGCUGCCAUGCAGAAGUACCCCAACCCCAUGAACCCCAGCGUAGUUGGAGUGGACGUGCUGGACAGGAGUGUGGACACCCAGGGACGGCUCCACAGCAAAAGACUACUGAGCACAGAAUGGGGUCUUCCAUCCAUAGUGAAAUCGAUCAUUGGAAACACGCGGUCGUGCACUUACAUCCAGGAGCACUCAGUGGUGGACCCUGAAGCAAAGACAUUUGAGUUACAGUCAGCCAACAUCACAUUUACAAACAUGGUUUCAGUGGACGAGAGACUCAUCUACAGGCCACACCCAGAGGACCCGGAGAAGACGAUACUGACUCAAGAGGCCCUCAUCUCUGUGAAGGGAGUAAGUCUGAGCAGCUACCUGGAGGGAGUCAUGGCAAGCACCAUCUCAACAAACGCUAGCAAGGGUCGGGAAGCAAUGGAGUGGGUUAUCCGGAAGCUGAACGCAGAGAUCGAAGAACUUGCCGCCACAGCCCGUGGAACCAUGCGGACCCCCAUGGCAGCGGCAGUCACAGAGAAAUGACCCUUCCCCUCUCCGAUAUCUAUUUAACAUCUCUCGGUCUAUCACUUCAUUCUCGAUCUGCAUUCCCUGCUCUCUCUCUCUCUCUCUCUCUCUCUCUCCCUCUCUCUCUUUCUCUCUCUCUCUCGCUCCUCUUCUCCUGUGCCAGCACUUGAAGCCUCCUUCUGUGUUGCCCAUACUUCCUUAGUUCUUUCAUUUUUUUAUUUCCAUUCAUGGAAAGGUAUUUUAUCCAUCUCCCUUCGUCAAAGCCUCUACAUUAGAUGCUGAAGGGAUACCUGGGCAGCGACACACAAGGAGGCUCAUCUACCACAGCUUCAAGGCUCCCGAGACGGUCGGUCUUGGAGUCUGUCUUUCGGUGGACACUUAAGGACUAGAGCUCAUUCAUGUCACAGGGUGGCAAGUUGGGGGAAGUGGAUAUGCAAUAAUGAUAAAACAAAUAAUACAAAAAAAAAACAGAACAGUACCAACGAAAAGGUCGCCAGUGCCAGGAGCUCUUCCUAUCAUGUUUUUUGUUUGUGUUCGGCCUUUGCACAAGAUGCGUUGUUUGGCCCUCUUUUUGUCACACGGCCAGCACUCUGAGCAGUGCAGGUGGUUGUGUUUCAAUAGGGCUGCGCCGUAGACAGCAGGGGUCACCGUGCCAGCAAGUCCACCUGACUCUCACCUGCCGCGCUCUCACGUGCAGGACCACACCAACAGCAACAACAACCAUUAGUGUGGAGCUAUGAAAGGAUCAGCCAUGGUCUUUAUGCAGCACAGUGCCAAGAUUUCUUCAUGCGACAGCACUCCCUAAGCUUGGUCAUAUGAGCUGUGAAUGCCUCAGUCCACUCUCAACAGCUAUUCUGCUUAACAUGCUGGGAAGGGUUUCCCUUCUGGCUCCUCCGGACUUGAACGUCAAGUACUGUACAAGUUAUAACAAACAGUAAUGAAUAGUAAAUAACUCAGAUAUUGUCAAAUAUUUUUUUAUUUUGAUAUGUCUAUUCAAGGAAAUAUUUGAAGGGAUCAAAAUAUCGGUUUGUUUUCUUUCUCUGAUAAUAGUUCAUAGAGAGGACCAUCUUGAAUGCGUAGUCUUUAGAUAUUGACUGUAGGCUUGAUGUGUAAGCAGACAGUUUUCUUUUUUGGGCAAAUAGGCCAUAAGCAGAGUGGCUCUCAGAAGAAAACUACCCUAAUACCAUUGAAUUUCCACCUGCCAUUUGAUAUUUACAUUUGCUAUAUUAAUAGACCUGCCACUUUUUAAAGCAAAUGAAAAAACUACAUUAUUUGAACUAGCUGUUCAAAUAAAUAUGAAACUGAAAUAGCAGUUAUCAUAAAUUGUUACAUGGUGUCUCGAGACGUGGUGUCCUUCAGGGUUCACCUUUGAAGGUGGUGUCUGUUGUAUGUUCCAAAGGUUAUGUCAGCUUGUUGUCCCUAAGGAUUGUCCAAUCAUGAUGGUACUAUAUUUGUUUCUGAAGUACUUAGAAAAAAAAACCCCUCAGCAUUUGUUUAACUUAUUCCAUUUUUCUUUUUAAGUUUUGUCUUUGUCCAACCUCAGAAUGAACAGAGUUAACUAGGUGGGGAAGCAAUGCAAAGUGUCAUGAAACUGCUUUUUCUAUUGAAGAGGCCAAAAUGUAUGAAGUAAUGGCAGGACAUGUGAAAAGUUAUAAACAGGUGGGCUUUUUUUGUUUUGUUUUGUUUUGUUUUUAGUGAAAAUACAUAUUUUUUUCUGACAUGGGGAAAACAAAUAGCAACUAUUUAUUUAUUUAUGAUGGGCUUUAUGUGUGUUUUCAAUGCAGUGGUGAUGGCGAUGAAAAGCAAGUCUGUUCUCAGCGAGGGGGAAAAAAGAUGCUACUGGUGUAUUUUCCAGAACACUUGAAAGUUGAAUGGCUCGGUGUGUUUUAUUGUGCUAAGUACAAAGUAGACAGGAUGUUGCAGUCAGUAUUGUUAACACAUUUUUCUAGACUCAUUCCUGUUUGCAGUGUGUACUCAGUUUUACACUUUUAAAAUUACUUCCGUUGGAAUCCUUUAUAAAUGGUGAACUGCACUUAACAAUGUUGGCUCAUGUUGACAUUUGUUCUACAUUCAGACUUGACAACUGCUAAUGGAACAGCAUAUCUCAUUUCUUGUUAACACAUUUAAUUUUAUUGUAAGUCAUUGGUUGGAUCUGCUGAAAAUAAAGAAAUGUAAAGAUGAAAA